CAUAAUGGAGGCUUGGCAACCUCGGCAGAAGAAACGAAAACAAGCGAAGUCGUUGAACGUUGGAGAUUGCGCAUUUGGAUGACGCAACGGACAAUGUCCCUGUUCCACAAAGAACGCCGGUCUAUGAAACAACCCUUCAUUGGCGCAGAUGCGCUUCUAGUUUAGUGACAGUGAAAACGACAAAUUUUUCGUAUCAAACAACACAAUGAGUAAACCCUUCGUGACCGACGAUAUAAUCAGUGAAAUUAAGAAUAAUAAGUUUACUUUCCACUUGUUGGAGCCCGAUAAACAGUCGGCGAUAAGGCAGAACAGAAGCAAACCUGACUUGGACCUACAACACAAUGACGGUGGUACCUGGAGAAGAUUCAACCCCAAGUGGUAUGAUGAAUUUCCGUGGCUCUGCGGAUCCAAGAGUGUGAAUAAAUUAUUUUGUAUCGCAUGUGUUAUAUACGGUGGUGAUAAUUCUUGGGCGUACGAUGGCGUUGAUUCCAUCAAAAAAUUCCCAGAGAAGGCCAACAAACAUGAGCUAUCCAAGGGACAUAUCAAAAACAUGGAAUUGUACAUUAUGGCCGGUAAAAACCGUAUAAUACGUGAAAGCACUAAUGGCAGAGAGUCGGAGAAAGAUUCAUUCGAAAGAAAAGAAGUUUUAUCGAAAAUAAUUGACGCGUUAAUCGUUCUGAACAGAUACGGACAAAAGUUGGAAUUGUUCAACGAAAAUGACAAAAAUCCAGUCGGCGAACUUGUGAUGAAGAAGUAUCUCUGCGAUGUUUCAGUCUACAGACGGAUCUAUUCGGAUGUUAACGGCAGGAUAGUCAAACUGAUGGAAUCGCAGUUGUUCAAAGAUAUCAAGAAGGAAAUAAGCCAGACUGAAUUCUGUUCCAUUCUGGUGGAUACUAUCCCGAAAAUGACUAACGAAUACAGCGUUAUGGUCAGGUACGUUCACGGAGGCGUGGUGAAAGAACGCUUCGUUGGUCUCUACAAAAUCGUCCAAAUUUUCGACCUAGCUCAAAUAUUCAACACAGUGACAGGCGACGUCCGGAAGGCCGUCUGUCAUUCCUAUGACGGAUCCCACUUGAUGAAACCGUUACGACUAGGGAUCAAAACUAUCAUGCCCAAGCUCCUCUUCCUGCCCAAUCAUUUCCACAGACUCAGCACCCUCGUCCUGCAAAACUUGGAGAGCAUCGACGAAAUACGUUCGUUUAUCAGAAACGUAACCUUCAUAUGUAACUUCUUCAAGGUGCCGAACAGAGCCCAUUAUCUGACGAUAUACGGCCUGAACUUCCCGCUCGAGAGCGAGACUUUAUGGAAGUUUCACUCGAAGGCGAUACACAGCAUCCUCACUCAACAGACGCGCAUCCUGAAAAUCGUGAACAACAUCAUUCUGGACCCGUACGUUAUCGAUUUGGACUCCGUGAAUUCCGCCUAUAUCGUUCAGAAAAACCUCCACUGUCCCCUCUUCAUGAUGUUCUGCUACUUGUUCAGCAAGAUCUUCGCACACAUCGACCAUCUUUCCAACACCAUACAGAAGAAACUCCACGAAGACGUGCCGUUUUGCAUACAGGAAGUCGAGCAAACCAUCAAGAACAUUUCGAACGUGAAAGCUACCGUGUGCAUAAAUCAUUGCUUGGACGAGAACAAGAUCCGCUUAUCGAAGGAGGAUCUAUCCUCCGACAAGGUGAAAAUCUUCAAGAGCGCAACCGCCGCUGCCAUCAACCUCAUCGCCAACCAAAUCAUCGAUAUCUUCGGCGACAUCAAGUAUUUGCGAUUCGUCGAGUUACUCGACGAGACUAAGUUCACCGGUUACUGGAAUAAGUUCCCAAAGGUCUUCUUCUUCGACAUCAUGGAGUUCUACAAGGGUUUCUUCGAUCUUUGCCGGUUAGAAAACGAAUUGACGAUGAUCUACGCGGACCCGUCGAAGAAGUUCAACCCGCGUCAACUGUUCUGUUUCUUGUACGAUAACGAACUGACCGAGACUUAUAAAGAAACUUUCAAGUUACUCAAAUUAUACCUAACUUAUCCUUUGUCCCCCUUCGAAAACGGAUCGAGCUCUAAAUGGACUAAGUUGAAAAAAUUCCUGAGCUUGCCGCAAAGUUCCGAUAAGUCGGCCAUGUUGUACGUGGAAUCUUACGAUCAGAACUCUCCGGAAUAUGAAGAUUUCAAGAAGAGUGUCAUUCAGGUCUUGAGCACACCAGUUCCUGAAAAUAUACUGUGUUGAUCACCUUACAACAUGAAGGACCAAUUGGUCCAUGAAGGCUGUAAAAUUUUAUUUUGUUUUUUAGCUUUUGUAUUCUUUACUCGGUUCCAAAUCACCGUUGUAUAUCCAUAAAAGAUCUAUUUUUGAUAAUUCUUCGAUUAGUCUAGUUAUUGAUAGGAAUAAGUAGUUAUUUUAGUUUUCAGAAUUGUUUUCAAUUCGUCACUUUAUACAUUCAAUGAUCAUUUAUAUUAAAUGAUAUUUUUAUCGAUUCAUCAUCAAAUCAGUACUGUACUUGUUGCUAAUUUCGUUUAUUAUUAUGUAUGCUUUCAUACAAUGUUGGGAUUAAUUAUUAAUAUUAAAAACUUAUGAAUUUAUAGACAGAAAUAACUGAAGGAACAUUUUCUAAGCAUGACAAAUCUACACCAGGAUUUUGUUGAUAACUUCAGAACCAAAGUUACUUCUGUUAUCUAUUUUGAUAAGAUGUUCAAUAUUAUUGUUGAAAAUAAAGCGUAUAUAUUUUUAAA